GAACACGUCCCGCGGGCGAGAAACUGCUUUUUGAUUUUUCGGCAAUGCGUCAGCAAGGCUAAACACCUUCCUGACGGAUUGCAGAAGCGCCAAAACCAUCUCAGCAAGGUUGUGGGGUCCUGCUGGCGUGCGCUGCCUGUGGCGCGGAAGAAAAUAUUCAAAGAUGCUCAGGCGGUCGAGAAGGAGGCGCACCGAAGGAAGUAUCCCGAUUAUAUAUACAAGCCA